CAGACGCGCGUUCGCGCUAAAAUAUCCGAGAAAAAAAUUUACCGGCAAUUCAUAAUAAUUCAAAACUGACUUAGUAUUGUUUUAAUAAAAAAAAUUACAGUUAAAAGAUGUGCUUUUUAAAUUUCGAACUCGUAUAAAUUGUGUUUAGUGCGUGCAGUGUAAAAACUUGGGAAUUUGUUUUAGUAAUUUGGAUGUGCGACAGAACUUUCGCUAUGACGACAGACAGCGCGCUCAAUGCACAAAGGGUAUUCAAGAAGACGUCCCUGAACAACAAGCUGACAUUGUACCUGGCUUCCCGAGACCUGAUCGUGGAGAAUGGCUCCAUCGAGAAGAUACAGGGAGUCGUCCAUGUGGAGGGAGACCUUGAAAACAAGAAGGUGUUCGGACAGGUCACACUUACCUUCAGAUACGGCCGAGAGGACGAGGAGGUGAUGGGUCUGAAGUUCUGCAACGAGGCCAUCAUGAGCAUCGCGCAAAUCUGGCCCAUGUACUCCAACUAUGACCGGGAACCCAACAGCCAGCUGCAGGAUGCCCUCAUCAGACGUCUAGGCUCAAACGCCUUCCCGUUCCACCUGGAGCUGACUCCUCUGGCGCCGCCCAGCGUGCAGCUGGUGCCAGCCAAACAGUACCACGGGGCUCCCAUCGGCACUUCCUAUGACGUACGCGCUUAUAUUGCGGAGCGAGCUGACGAGAAGGUGUCUCGUCGCAACGUGGUCCGCAUGGGCAUCCGCGUGCUGCAGGGCCCGGGGCGGGGGGGCCCCGCGCCGCCGCCUCCGCACUCGCCCCUCACACUCACCAGCCUCGCCCAUCAAAAUGUUAUGAGAUUAAAGAACAAAACGAAAUUGAAUGCGGACGAGAAUGGUGUAGCCAAGAGGGAGGAAAUUGAUAACCAGGAGUCUGCACCACCUCGAGUGGCCGUGGAGAAGCCAUUCCUACUGUCCGACGGCAGGGUGGAGCUGGAGGCGUGGCUGGACAAGGCGACGUACUCUCACGGGGAGAGCGUGGUCGUCAGCGUCCUCGUCUCCAACAACUCGUCCAAGACCGUCCGCAGGAUAAAGACUCUGGUGAUACAGCACGUAGACGUGUGCAUGUUCUCCAACGGCAAGUUCAAGAAUGUGGUAGCGCUAGUGCGGGGAACCGGACCGCCCAUACUACCGGGCCAGGUCCACACCGACUCCUAUACCCUGACGCCGCAUAGGGGUGUCACCAAGAACUGGAUUGCAUUAGAAGAUUCCUACUCAAAGUCUGGCGCAAGUCUUGCUUCUACAGUACUCUGCAACUCCAAUUCCCCAGACGACCGCAACGUGUUUGCUAUCUACGUGUCCUACUACGUUAAAGUUAAGCUUACCCUCAGCGGUAUGGGCGGAGAGGUAUCAGUGAAACUUCCCUUCACGCUAACACAUUCCUGCAUCAACGAAGCACCAACGGACAGCGUGGUGGAGGAAGCCACCCACAAAAUGAUUCUAGAAGGCAAAGAGAACAGCGAUGAAGAAGACAACAAGGCAGAAAUAGAGAAAGACAACAACGGCAAUAAAGAAAUACAAGAAACAGACGGUGAUGAUGCUGAAAUUAAAUCUCCCGAUGGCCAUCGAUGCGUAGCCGAUGUUCUGGUAAAUAUAGAGAAUAAGAUAAGCGACAGGCCUAAGAAGUUCGAGGGACCCACUGAAGUGCGCACUAUCAAGCCAAGCGAGGAGGAAUUAGACCUGAUAGUGAAGUAUACUGGGCCCGAUACGUGAUCCGACGAGGAGUUUGAGGACACAGGACAGGGAGGCAAGAAGUCCGGAAGGUCUAGCACUAACAUAGUUGAAGCUAUGAGAACCUGUAAGGAGGAGAUGCAACACCACAAAGGAGGUUUCGCUGAGAACCUAAAGAGAGCCGUUUGUUGCAUUGACAGGAGAAGACAGUCAUAGUUUAAUCCUAUUUAUCCGAUAGAUUAUAAGAUAAAAUAUUUUUCUAACACUAUCGAAUUUUAUUGAAAAGUGAAAUUCUGAGCAGUUUUUAACGUUCUGUGUUGGAUACCUGAAUGUAUCAUUUAUAAUAGACUUAAUUCUCUGUCCAAGUGUUGAAUUGUUAUUCGUCGGCGUACGACAAUUUAGUUUAUUGUUAGUUAAUAUUUUCUUGAGAGAUUUGUAUGAAAAUUUACAUAAAUUAUACAUAGAUACAUACAUGACUUUCAUGGCUUUAUCAAAUCAUUUAGAUCGAAUAUGACUUGUAAAAGGAGCCUAAAAUUUUAUAAGCAUUUAAUAAUACUGCUUGUUACGCACAACUCCUUAGCAUUUUUGUAAACUAUCUUAUUCUGAGUCUUUGUUUUUUUAGUAGUACAUUUACUUGUGUUAACUUCAGCCAAAAUAUUUUUUGAAGGUGCUUUUUUAUUGAAACUGUUGACCUUUUCGAAAC